ACAAAGAUGACAUCCCCCUGUGGUGCAAGUCUGCAAACCUCUAAGGAGAGAAAGGAGUGAAGGGCACACUGGCACACUGCUCCCAUCUUAGGCUAAAGCCACCAGGUGAGCUGGCAAAAAUCAUGACGUCUAAAAUGGAAAGUCCUCCACCUUAUGAGGAGGCAGUACAUCAUCCUAAGUAUGGAAACUGCCCCCACCAGCCACAACAUGGCUCCUCUCUUCCACCACCUCCAUCGUACAGCCCCAGUCCUGGCAUGUGCCCCGGCCCGCCUGGCUACUGGAGCCAGGAGGGUGUCUACCCGCAGGCAGGCAUGUGGGCAGUCCCUGGCUUCUCUCCGUCUGGGGUGCCCACCACAAUACCAACUCUGUCUGCUGGAGUGCCUGCAUCUAACUCAGGAGACAUGGAGGAUCUUCUCAGCACCCAGUGGGAAAGCACAUCUGUUCGGCAUGCUUUCAUCAGGAAGGUUUACUUAAUUUUGGCAGCACAGCUUGCCUUCACCUUUUCAGUUGUUGCUGUCUUUACAUUUGUUGACCCAGUGAGGCUGUUUGUCAUCAGAUACCCUGGCAUCUACUGGGCAUCUUUUGUGGUUUAUUUUUUGGUUUACUGCAUUCUCAUCUGCUGCAAAGAGCCGAGGAGACGUUUCCCAUGUAAUCUUGUGCUGCUGGGUAUAUUUACUCUCGCCUUGUCUUACAUGACUGGAACAAUUUCGAGCUAUUAUGAAACAAAAGCAGUAUUUCUCGCCAUGGGUAUAACAGCAUUAGUUUGUGUGGCUGUCACAAUCUUCUGUUUCCAAACCAAGGUGGACUUCACCUCCUGUGGGGGACUUCUCUGUAUUGCUGCCGUUUUGCUCAUGAUCAUUGGGAUUGUUACAGCAGUCGUCCUCUCCUUCCAAUAUGUCCCUUGGCUACAUAUGCUGUACGCUGCAAUUGGAGCCAUCGUUUACACUCUGUUUUUAGUAUACAACACCCAGCUUCUUAUUGGAAACCGGGAGUUGGCCAUCAGCCCAGAGGAGUACAUCUAUGGAGCUCUCUCUCUCUACGUUGACAUUGUUCACAUCUUUCUCUUCAUCCUUCAAGUCAGUGGAGCGGCAACUGAAUGAGACCAUGGUUAGAGCGCAUCUUGUCAUCUCAAGUUUGUACUUUCAUUAUAUUGUGUUUGUCAUUAAACAUGAUACUAUAUCAACAGGAAGCAUGUAAAUUAGGUUGCAUAUCACUACCGACUAUCAAUGUUACAUUUCUUAACUAUCAAUUUAACUGUACUGUAUAUAUUUUUAUGUCAAUAACACUUAAGCACUUUGAUUUACUGUGUGAAGCUGGGAGGUUGAUUUCAGGCUUUCGUUUACCCAAGUGUGAAUGAAGAGAGAUACGAAAGCUUUGCAUCCUGUACAGCUGCAAUUUAAUAUGUUGCCUUUUUAGUUUAGCAAAUGGUAUUUUAGUAGAUCAUCCAUUCAAAAUGUAUAUGUUUGUGUA